AUGACAACUCGACAGCGGAUCGUUAAGGUUGACGGCAGCCAGCCGACGGAGGUGGAGAAGGAAGUGGACCGGUGCCUCGCAGACAUUGAGUCGAGCGCCCAGUCUGAACUGCGGGCCGAAGUGGCAGAGCUGACCAUCUGCGCAGUCAAGCCCGUCGAAGUGCCCGCCUCGGGGAAGACGGCGCUGGUGAUUUUUGUGCCCUACAGGGUUUACAUGAACGUGGUGAAGCGGAUCCACGCCAGGCUUGUGCAGGAGCUCGAGAAGAAGCUCAAGAGGCACGUUGUGAUUAUUGCGCAGAGGAGCAUCGUGGGUCUCGACUAUAAACGCAAGAACCUCAAGGUCCGCCCGCGAUCCAGGACCCUCACCAACGUGCAAGAUGCGAUGCUGGAGGACAUUGUGGCACCCUCUGAGGUUGUCGGCCGCAGGUGGCGCGUGCGCGCUGAUGGGUCUAAGCUGAUGAAGGUGCACCUUGACCCCAAGGACAAGGCAAAAGACAACUUGGAGGAGAAACUGUGGACUUUCGCUGCUGUAUAUAAACGCCUCACCAACAAGGACGCUGCAUUCCUCUUCCCAGAACACGUAUAUUGA